CGCGCAGCUCUGUGGAGUCAAGCGGCUGCGGGCGCCAGACCUGAGCGCGCGGAGGACCGAGGGAGCCUAGCGGCACCGCGCGCUCAAGGGACCUGUGAACACCCCCAAGGAGCCGGUUGUGAGGCCCCUGCCAGAUGUGGGGGACAGCUACCCAGAGGCAUGUCCCCCGUCCGGCCCUGGCAUCCCAACCUGCUGCUGCUGCUGCUGCUGGCCUGCCAGCCGCAGGCCCUCUCUGCCCAGGUAAUGGACUUCUUGUUUGAGAAGUGGAAGCUCUACAGUGACCAAUGCCACCGCAACAUGAGCCUGCUGCCUCCCCCAACUGACCUGGUCUGCAACAGGACCUUCGACAAGUACUCCUGCUGGCCAGACACCCCUCCCAAUACCACGGCCAACAUCUCCUGCCCCUGGUACCUGCCUUGGUAUCACAAAGUGCAGCACCGCCUGGUCUUCAAGAAGUGUGGGCCGGAUGGGCAGUGGGUGCGUGGGCCCCGGGGACAGCCAUGGCGCAACGCUUCCCAGUGCCAGAUGGAGGACAAGGAGCUCGAGGGCCAGAAGGAAGUAGCCAAGAUGUACAGCAGCUUCCAGGUGAUGUACACCGUGGGCUACUCCCUGUCCCUGGGGGCCCUGCUGCUUGCCCUGGCCAUCAUGCUGGGCCUCAGCAAACUCCACUGCACCCGCAACUACAUCCACGUGAACCUGUUUGCAUCCUUUGUGCUGAAGGCCAGCUCUGUGCUGGUCAUCGACUGGCUGCUGAAGACCCGUUACAGCCAGAAGAUCGGGGAUGACCUCAGUGUCAGCAUCUGGCUCAGCGAUGGGGCGGUGGCCGGCUGCCGUGUGGCCGCAGUGAUCAUGCAGUAUGGCGUGGUGGCCAACUAUUGCUGGCUGCUGGUGGAGGGCGUGUACCUGCAUGGCCUGCUGGGCCUCGCCUCCUUCCCUGAGCGAAGCUUCUUCACCCUCUACCUGGGCAUUGGCUGGGGUGCGCCCCUGCUGUUCAUCAUCCCCUGGGCGGUGGUCAAGUGUCUGUUUGAGAACAUUCAGUGCUGGACCAGCAAUACCAACAUGGGCGUCUGGUGGAUCCUGCGAGCCCCGGUCUUCCUGGCCAUCCUGAUCAACUCCGUCGUCUUUGUCCGAGUGGUCCACCUUCUCAUCACCAAGCUUCAGGCCCGCCAGGUGCACUACGCUGACUACAAGUUCCGGCUGGCCAGAUCCACCCUGACCCUCAUCCCCCUCCUGGGGGUCCACGAAGUGGUCUUCGCCUUUGUGACCGAUGAGCAGGCUCAGGGGGCCCUGCGCUCCGCCAAGCUCUUCUUCGACCUCUUCCUCAGCUCCUUCCAGGGCCUGCUGGUGGCUGUCCUCUACUGCUUCCUCAGCAAAGAGGUACAGGCAGAGCUGCUGCAGCGCUGGCGGCGCUGGCACGAGGGCAGAGCGCUGCAGGACCCGCGACGCAGCAGCAGCCCCUCCGCCCCAGCUAGGCCUUGCCGUGGCCCCUCCUUCGAGAAGCUUCAACUUGUGAAGGGUGGCAGCAGCAAUGGGGCUGGCCAGGACCCCUCUGCAGAGACCUCCUUGGCCUGUGGCCUCCCUGAGUUGGCUGAGAGACCCUUCUGAAUCUCUGCUGGACUCAGGCACCAGACAGUGCAUCACUGAACACCCCAGGAUUGGACACCUGGCUGAGGCCAGAGGGGCAGGACAGCUGGACAGUGGCUGCCACUGUCCAUGUCCCCCCUGCUGUCCCUGGGGCACAAGCCCAGUGGUGGGAAGUUGUGCAUGAACUGCAGGCAUGCCUGCCUGUUGGUCUGUCCUGUGCGUGUGGAAAGGUGUGUCCUCCAAUAAAGAGCUGAGUAGUGGCUGGGUGGAUCGCGAGGGCUCAGCUGGGAAGGCCCGAGUGGGUGUGGGCAGGGUGGAUGGGCGCAGGCUGGUGCACUCCCUGGAGGGGCCCCUCUGAUCCCUGUUCUACAGGGAGCUGGAAGGGUCCCCAGGGUGGCUAGCAGUGCUUGUCCUCCCAUGCUGGAUCAGGU